AUGCAUACAGGAGAGAAACUAUUUAGUUGUAACAUUUGUCCAAGUAAAUUUAGUAAAAAACAAUCUUUGACUGUACACACUAGAAUUCAUACUGGAGAGAAACCAUUUAGUUGUGACAUUUGUCCGAGUAAAUUUACUACAAAACAAAAUUUGACUGUACACACUAGAGUUCAUACAGGAGAGAAACUAUUUAGUUGUGACAUAUGUUCAAAGAAAUUUCCAAGUAAAAGCCAUUUGAAUAGACACACAAGAGUGCAUACAGGCGAGAAACUAUUUAGUUGUGACAUAUGUUCAAAGAAAUUUCCAAGUAAAAGCCAUUUGAAUAGACACACAAGAGUGCAUACAGGCGAGAAACCAUUUGGUUGUGACAUAUGUUCAAAAAAAUUUACACAGAGAAGCAAUUUGACUGCACACACUAGAGUUCAUCAUACAGGCGAGAAACAAUUUAGUUGUGAUACGAGGUCACAGAAAGGCAGUUUGACUACACACACAAGAAAACAUACAGGUGAGAAACCAUUUAGUUGUGACAUAUGUUCAAAGAAAUUUUCACACAAAAUCCAUUUGACUGCACACACUAGAGUUCAUACAGGCGAGAAACAAUAAUUUCGUUUUGACAUUUGUUCGAAG